AUGGCUGAGCUCGCGUCGGGCGCCGUGACCUCGUUGCUUGGCGUCAUCCGCAACGAGUGGCGGUUGCUAGGCCACGUCGGGGGCGACGUCCAGUUCAUCAGGGAGGAGAUGGAGAGCAUGAACAGCUUCCUGAUGCACCUGGCCAGGACGGAGCCGCCCGGCAGCGAGCACGACGAGCAGGUGCGGACCUGGAUGAACCAGGUCCGGCUGCUCGCACAGGACUGCAACAACUGCAUCGACCUCUACCUGUACCGCGGCAACCCCGACAUCCACCUGGGCAGGGACCGGCUCCGGCGCUACCUCCGGUGGUUCCCGUGGUUCCUGCAGAAGAUGUUGGCGCAGCACCGAGCUGCCUUGGAGCUUAGCAAGCUCAAGGAGCGUGCGCGGAACGUUGGCAAACGGCGGCUAAGGUACGGCGUGGAGGUCCCGAAGAAGGCGGCCGUUCCUGGCACUGGGUCGGCGGCCGCAGAAGGCAGCACGGAAGCUGCUUUCGUCCACCUCGACGAUGAAGAAGACGGGCACGACCAAGUGGGGACAACGGCGACUGAUGGUUCUGGUCGAAUCAGAAGAGCCCUCUUUGGACUUUAUGUCCUGGAGGACUACUUCAACGACCAGUUAGCCGAGUGGAUAGAGCAAGUUCAACGUCAGUGGAGGCAAAGCGAAUGGCGAUACGACACCCGAUGUGUUGCCUUUGCGGUGCCUGGCGCGGAAUCCAGUGCCAUUGCACGUCAAGCUUCGGCUGUGGCAAAGGAGCACGCCAAGAACACUAUCUUGGUGGACAUCCCAUCAUUGCACCAAUGGAGUGUGCUAGGACCCAAGAAUAUCCUCUACUACAUCCUGAGGGAGAUCGAGCUCCGGCAGCCUGCCAAAUCCGAAUCCCAACAGCAGAAGCAGCAGCAGCAGAAAGGCCAAGGGAUUGAUUGGCAGCACAUCCGCGAGGAAAAAAGGGCAGUUAUUAGAAAAAUCAAGGAAGAUAUCGAAGCUUUGAAUGUUAUAAAAAAGAUUAAAGAGAUAACGACCUACAUUGAAAAAGCCAAGGAGGACAAGCAGCUGAAGCCGUACCUGGAUGUCCUCGACGGACCAAAGAAAAAGGAAGUACAAGACAAAAUCUCCAAAGAAACCUCCUUAGGUGUACUCUUGGUACUGCUUGUGCUGAGGAAAUCAAAGCCUGCAUUAAUAGAACACUACGAUGACAUUAUCAAGAAAACAGCCAAGAUGCUGAAAGGGCAUAUGCAGCAAGUAAAUAAAGGAGUAAGCGCGGAACAGCGGAUUAUUCACAAUGUUACCCAAUAUACACACAUCCUGCAUCAGGUGUUCCCACCCAUCAGUAGCGCCAGCAAGCCCCAACAAGCCCAGGAGCAAGACAUCAAACAAGUCACUGGGGAAGCUACAUCAAGCAAGAAUCAAAUCAAGGAAAUUGUCGACAAGGUUAAACAAGAAAUCCUGAGCGAGGUGUUCAUGGCAAUCACUGACAACAAGAGCCAGCAGCAAGCAACAAAGACUAAUAUUACUACCACAUUGAACGAGGAUCAAGUGAAAAGAAUGAUCCAGGAGGCUAAACUGGAAAUCAUACAGCAGCUGAAGGAAGAAAAACCUGACAAGAAACAAGAAACAGGUGUAUCGGGUGGUCAGGGUCCAACCACAGAAGCUCUUCCUGAAGAAACGAAGGGGAAGGGCGAGCCAGCAACCGGCGGUGCUAGCAUGGCUCAGGGUCAAACCCAGGAAGCUAAUGUUGAUGGCGGAGCCACGGAGAAGACCAAAAUCCUGGAUGAUGCUAUCAAAGAAACCAAAGAGAAGAUGAAAUAUUAUGUCCAGUGGAGGAUUAAAAGGCAGCUGGAUAUCAAUGGAAUUGUGCACAAGAUUCAAAAUUAUCUGAAACAUGAAGAAACCCAGAUCAUCCUUAAAGCAGACGGGAAAUAUGUGAGCCAGUGGGAGCAGACCAGAAAUGCCUUGAGCCUGUUGCCUUGCAUCGCCGUUGUGAUGAUUCUGACCAACACAGAGAGAAAUAAAAAAAGGGCCAGAGAAGAAUAUUGCUACCCAACAAGGGAGCCCAUAGACUAUUCUCUUGCUGCACUCUACCAUAGUAUUGUGCUCGAGAUUACAAGCCAGCAUAAGAAUGUAGAUAACUAUGAUCCCCAGAUUUUCCGCGCCAUCUUGGACAAGUGUGAUCCAGAUCAAUUAUGCAUGAAGAUCUUUGCUCACACUUUGUACGCCAUGCUCAAGAGAAGCAAAGAAGAACUGCACAAGUUGCAUGACGCCCUGCAGGUGCUUCCACCAAAGUCAUUCCGUAGUAUUGCUAUGAAUAUGUUCAAGUUCUCGUACAGGGACAUGCCUAAACAGUACCAGUCCUGCUUACUGUACCUAGCUAUCUUCCCUCGAGGACACAAGAUAAGGCGGUCAACCUUGAUAGGGCGAUGGGUUGCAGAAGGGAAAAUAACAACAGAAGAUUGGCGCUGGUCAAGUUCAGUGGAUAAAGCUGAACAAUGUUUUGACGUUCUCGUCAACAGGGGGCUUGUUUAUUCUGCUGAGAUCAGUGCGACUGGAAGGGUCAAGAGCUGCAUGGUGGGUGACCUAGCCUAUGAGUUCAUUACCAAGAUCGCCAAGAAACAACGCAUUUUGGAGGCACGCUUGUCACAUCAUCUGGCUUGGCACUUCUCCAUUUUCAGUGAUCUCCAUCUCCGUGUGUCCGACACAAUCAACGAUUUCCUGGAAAGGUUAUCUGAAUCAGCUCAAUGGUCUCGGCUUAAGGUGCUCGAUCUAGAAGGCUGCAAAUGCUUCAAGAGCAACCGGUGGUAUGUAAAGAAUAUUUGCAACAUAUUGCUACUCAAGUAUCUAAGCCUAAGGGGAACAGAUGUCAACUGGCUGCCCCGUGAAAUCAACAACCUUCGCGAGCUGGAGGUAUUGGACAUCCAGCAUACAGAGGUGCCGGAGUCUUUCACAAGAGAUCUCCUGCUCCUGAAGCUGAAGCGUCUGCUGGCUGGAAACAAAAGUCCAAAUCCAAACAGUAUCAGCAUAGACACAUCAUCCCACAACCAUGUCCUAGUUCCUGAAAAGAUUGAAAAGAUGUUAGACAUGGAGGUACUAUCCAAUGUCAAGGCAAAGAAUAGCCAAGAUUUGGAAGACAUCGGAAAGCUAUGGCAGCUGAGGAAGCUUGGUGUGGUUAUCAAGGACAAGGAUACUCACCACACGAGUUUGCUUAAAGCUAUCAGCAACAUGCAUGAGUGCCUCCAGUCUCUGUCAAUUACUCUUGACACAACCAGAGACAAGGGCACUCGUAGCAUAGAUUGGAGAGAGCUGAAACAGUCACCCAAGGUUCUUGACAACGAAACCAGAGAGUCCCCCAAGGUUCUUGAGAGGCUCAGUAUCAGUGGAAACAUACUACAGGGGCAGCUUCUUCCAUUAUUGCUAACCGACAAAAAUACCCCACUUAUUAAGGUAACUUUAAGUAACGCCUCACUGAAUCCGACUAUCCUAGGGGCCCUCUCCAAUCUGCCCAAGUUACAAUGUCUGAAGCUUCGGCACAAUACAUACAGCGACAACAAACUCACAUUCAAGAAGGAUGAAUUCAAGAAACUCAAGUACUUUCUUGUCGAGGGCUCCAACUGGAUCGAAAUCAGUUUUGAAGAAGAUACAGCAGCUCCAGAGCUCGAGAAGAUUGUUUUGUCCUUUGACAACAUAGAGUAUAUUGCUGGAGUAGAUCACCUUAAAAAAUUGGAGGAGCUUGAGCUGAACAAAUAUAACAAGAGCAGCAACAACAGUGGAGGCAACACCGACACUGCUGCCACCAACCAAGACCCAUCCGCCCUUGCUGGUACCUCUGCCGCCAAUCCCUCACCCCUUCUCCCAAACACUACCACUGCCGUCCCCUCCACCCCAACAGGCACUAACCCCACUCCCUCUCCCCUAACCGGAGGCACCGCCGGUCCCUCACCCCAUACUACCACCGCUGACGCCGCCAAUCCCUCAUCCCUUCCCCCGAGCACUACCACUGUCAUCCCCUCCACCCCAACAGGCACUCACCCCGCUCCUUCUCCCCCAAUUGGGGGUGCUGCCAAUUCCUCACCCCUUCCCCCGAGCACUACCACUGUUGUCCCCUCCACCCCAACAGGCACUCACCCCGCCCCCUCUCCCUCAAUUGGGGGCGUCGCCAACCCCUCACCCCAUACUUCCACAAUUGACGCCGCCAACCCCUCACCCCUUCCCCCGAACACUACCACUGAUGUCCCCUCCACACCAACAGGCCUUAACCCUGCUCCCGCUCCCUCAACUGGGGGCGCCACCAAUCGCUCACCCCUUCCCCCGAGCACUACCAUUGUCGUCCGCUCCACCCCAACAGGCACUCACCCCAUCCCCUCUCCCCCAACUGGGAGCGCCGCCAAUCCCACAGCCCAUAUUGCCACUGCUGACGCCGCCAAUCCCUCACUCUCUGCCCCCACCACCUCCAGUAACAACAUAUUGCUUCCGAGAUUGCUUUCCGAUGCCAAACAAAUAUCCAAGGUGACUCUUCGUGGUACGAUGCUGGUGGAAGAUGGUAUGCGAACCCUCGCAAGGAUGGAAAACAUACGCUGCCUGGUGCUCUUGCAUGGGUCUUAUAACCAAAGCCGGCUUGAUUUAAACAAAGAUGAGUUCGCAAAACUCAACCUUCUUAUUGUCAACUGCCCUAAAAUCACAGAGAUCAAAUUCGAGCAUGGGUCUGCUCCUAAGCUUGAGAAGAUCGUAUGGACCUUCGACCAAAGGACCACUUUAUCUGGCAUCGAGCACCUUCCAAGAUUGAAGGAACUUGAGUUCACUGGGCACUCUCUACCAGACCAGGUGAAAGAAGGCUUUGAUAAACACAAAGAUACGGUUCAUUGUACACACUACAAACCGGAGAGGCAAGAUCAAACAGUAAGAAGCACAGGAAAAGAGGAUAGUGUUCCAAGUUGCCUAUACAUCUGGAAGGACAAGGAUUGGCGCAGGAGGAACUAA